UUGGCUAAAAAAUGGAUGGAAACGGGCGGGAGGCCGACCCUCCUGGCUUUCACCAAUGGGGCACAAAACCAUAAUACUCUGGUUCAAUUUCCAGUUCCUGUACGACACAGUGGUGACCAUGGGAAGAGAAUGUUUAUCAUCAAGGCAACAAGUUUUUAUGAUUCCCGAUUUCUGAGCUUGUUGAGAUUCUAUUUAUUCCUGACGGGAAUACCAGUGGCUGUGCUCUUAACAUAUAUCAACAUCUUUAUUGGUGAAGCUGAACUUGCAGAGAUUCCUGAAGGUUAUGUUCCAGAGCACUGGGAAUACUACAAACACCCCAUAACCCGCUGGAUAGCUCGUUAUGUACUUGACUCCCCUGAGAAGAAUUAUGAGAAGGACAUGGCCCUGCUUGAUGUGGAAGUGAGGAAAUCUGAACUCAGGCUGCUGGAGUUGGAGGCACGCAGACUGAUGAGACACCGGGGAGAUGGGCCUUGGUACCAUUAUGAAACACCUGACAAAAAUCUUGUUGACAAUUCUAUGAAAGCCACACCUGACAAUUAAAUAAUUUUAGGCAGUGUGCAAGGUCUUCAGUGCAUUCUGACAAGUUGUGACUGCGCUGUGGAACAGACAUCCUGCUGUUUGCUGAUGGAAAUGAAUAAACAGUGUUUGUGUUGAUUCCAGUAUCAUGAAA